GCCGCGCAGUAGCAGCAAGAGUAAUACUGUUAUCGGUUACGGUUCUUUAAGCGAGGUAGCAGACGGCUGGGGAGAAAAGUAAGCAGCAGCAGCAGCAGCAGCUAGGGCGCCGGAGGAGGAAGAUGGCUGAGCCGGGAACAUCCCGAGCGUCUCCCUUGUAUUCGCGGGCUUCAGCUGUGGAUGGAUUUCUGAAGACAGAUGAAAGGCAAAGACAAGCCAGAGAAAGAAGAGAAGAAAGAGAAAAAUAUUUUGCUGUCAGGGAGCAGCAAAUCUUAGAAAAAGAAAGAAGAGCAAAGCUUCAGUAUGAGAAACAAAUAGAAGAAAGAUGGAAGAAGUUGGAGGAGCAGAGAAUGAGGGAGGAGCAAAAGAGGGCAGCUGUGGAAGAAAAGAGAAGACAGAAGCUUAGAGAAGAAGAGGAACGAUUAGAGGCUAUGAUGCGGCGCUCCAUGGAACGAAGUCAGCAGCUAGAGCAGAAACAGAAGAGGUGGUCGUGGGGAGGAAGGCUGGCUGCAGGCUCAGGCGACACAGAUGGUGAAUCAGAAAAUGCCCCACCCCUUCUAGGUUUAGCUGUCAACACUCUUCUUCCAGACCCCGUGGUUUCAAUUGUUGCUGCUGAACCCUACAAUGCAUGUGACAAACUUUCAGUUUCUACAAUGAAUCUGCCAAAGCAAAUGGAGUCGUGUAUCAAUAAACGUCUGUCCUCCUCCAUAGCAACAAUAACUUAUUCCAUUGAUAAAGCUCAUCACAUGCACGUUAGUCCAAUGGAAACCUUUAUCAUUUCUCGACUAUUGACUCCCACACAAGCUUCUUUAGCCAGAUGCAGAAGUACUUUAAUGCUUUCUGAGAUAUAUACUGAUUCAGUAUUCCAUAUCUGUCCUCGUAUAGCACCAGCCAGCCCUCUUAAAACUUUUUACAAGCCUUCCCCCACUAGAAGUGUGGAGAAAAAGAAAGCAGCAUCUGCUUCCAUGUCAGAUUCAAUGAAGGGAGCAAGUACAAGUGAAGUCUCACAGAAUGAGAAGAAAAAGAAACAAUCAACAACACCUGUCACAUCUGGUUUUGGAUCUCCUUUUAAAAAAUAUGAAUCUUCAGCAGCUGUAUCUAAACAAUCAGCUUCACCCACAACUCCAAAGUCAGUCUCAAAGACUUAUCCACAGUCUCCCAAAACUAAUAAAACAUAUCCAGCUUCUCCUAUGAAAAAUCGUACAACUUCAAACUUGAACCAAGAAAGUCCUAAAAAAAGAACAGCAAAAGUUAAAGACAGCCAGCGGGAGAAUAUUAGUCAAAGAACAAAAGCAUCACCAGCUGAAGUUGUAAAUCAGUCUAGAGCCGAAAAAUCUUCUAUAGGAAAAAUUGAGAACACUGAAGGGAAACAUGUAGCAGGGACUACUGAUGCUGAAGAAGCAACUAGAAUUCUAGCAGAGAAGAGACGUCAGGCUCGACUUCAGAAAGAACAAGAAAAGGAAAUGCAAGAAAGGCAAAAUCUUGAAAGGCUAGAAAAAGAAGAGCUGAAAAGAAAAGCAGAGGAAGAGAGGACUCUAUUGGAAAAUAAGGAUCAUAAAAAAGAGGAAAGGAAAUUCGAAGAGGAAUUAACAAAAAGAAAAGCAGAAGAUGAAAUAAGAAAAAGAGCUGAAGAAGAAUGCAAACUGAGAGAAACAGAAAAGAAAUUGCAAGCUAUGCUUGAGAUACAGAAAGAAGCAGCAGAAGCUAAAGCACGAGAGGCAGCUGAACAUUUACGUUUAGAAAAGGAACAAAUUCUGCAGCAGAUAGAGCAAGAAAGACAAGAACGAAAGAAGCGAAUAGAUGAAAUAAUGAAAAGGACAAGAAAAAAUGAAAUAGCAGAAAUCAAGAAAGAAGACACAAAAUCAGAUGAGCCAAGAACCUUGAAUGUGGAUCAAUAUCCCAACCCACUUGCCCUUAGUCAAGCAGAAAUUAAUGGAGUAACAAAUUGCAAAAAUCCUAAAGGUGUUGAAUCUUUUCCUCGUGAAGUAUUUUCUAAUGGUCUUAAGCCACUUAUGGGCCUUAUUCAACUAGAUGCAAUGGGUGGAAAAUCUCACAGCUUGGAUGAGUCAACAGAUGAAGUUCAGUCUAUGGAUGUGAGUCCUCCUUCAAAAGAAGAACUUAUAUCUGUCCCUGAAUUUUCACCAGUGAAUGAAAUGUUGCCAGAAAUUACUUUGGACCAAAAUGGAUCAAAUAAUAGGAAGGCUCUUGAAGAACUACUAGAUUUUACUGGCCAAGCCACUUACACAAAAUUAACAAGUGAAAAUAUUAGCAUAGAUGAUUGUAAUAAAAAUUUGAUUGAUGGAUUUAAUAGCCCAAGCCAAGAGACAACACUAAGUACCUUGUGUUGACAAAUACAUCGCUACAUAGCAAUAAGAGAAAAUUGAGAAUAUAGAACACUCUCAAUGUUGCUACUCUCAGUAAAAUAAGAGCCUGUCCAUUUAAGAAGCUGCUGCAGUCUGCAACACUGGAUACCACCAAUUCUGCACUGAAUUUACAGUCUUCCCAAAUGCAUUGCUGAGUAGUCACUUGAUAAAAAGUGGGAUUUUUUAAUGGUUAAUGGGAUUUUUUUUAAUUUUUUGAGGAAGUUUUGUGGAAGUUUUGUUUAGAAUAUGGUCUAGUGAAAAUGUGGGUCCUAAACAUCUCUCUCAAUGGAAUCCAUUUAUUUUAAAAGAAAAAAUGCAAAUUUGCUUGUUUUUAUUUAAUAUCAUAAAAUGAUAUUUAUAAAAUACUUCACUGAAGAUCUAUAAUUGAAAAGGUUUGAAAAAUAAUAUGCAACUGUUGGAAUCCAACUGUCUUGAAGACUGUAGAAUUAGAAUUAUCCAUCAACACGUGGCACAUAACAAAUUUUAUGUUUUAAUCAAUAAUUUAAAUUUAUGCUGUAAUGAUGAUAUAUGCUAAAAUUAGAAGGGCUUUAUUACAUGGAUCUAAAACACAUUUAAGUUUGUUCCUUUGGGAUAAAAUAUAGCUACAUACUGCUUCAUAAGCCUGUAUCAAUGGAUAAAGACUGAAAUGUUUAUAUUGAAAAUGUAUCAAUACUCAAUAUCAGACUUCAUAAAUAAUUGGAAUUAUGAAACAGCAUUGUAAUAACAAUAAGCCAUAUAUACACACGGCAACAUACUAAGAUGUAAUUAUAAAUACAGAAAAUUAUACUUAUUCAACAUGAUAAACUGUUAGCAUCUUUCACUUGACAAAUGUGACUGAAGAAAGGUUUUUGAGAUAAUUGGUAUUUUAAAAUAUAUGAAGAGCAUGACAUAGCUCAGACGAGCAUUUUAAGUACUGUUGCUUUUAACAAGAUAAUUAAGUUCUUAUCUAGGUUUUUCUUGUUAAAAAUCAAUGCAACUUGUAAAGGUUUAAUUUAUCUUGGAAUUCAGCAUAAGGAAUUUCAAAUUUCAUUGACCUCUUUAAUGCUGUAGUCCAUGGUGAACCUAUAGCACGCGUGCCAGAGGUGGCACGCAGAGCCCUCUCUGUGGGCAUAUGUGCAUUGCCAGUUGUUUUUCUGGUUUCCUGCACACCAGCUGAUCUUUGUGUGUUCCGGAGCCUCAGAAACCCGAAAACAAGCUGGCUGGUGCACAUGCACAUGCUGGCCACCUGGUCUUUGGGUUUCAAGUGCUCCAGGAUAUGCAAAAACUAGCUGGCCGGCACACGUGUGUGUGCCAGAAACCAGGAGACCAGGUGUCUGAUACGUGCAGGCUCUGGGGCUCCAGCAAGCAUGCGCAUGCGUACACACACGUUCCAGUUUGGGCACUCUGUACCAAAAAGGUUCACCAUCACUGCUGUAGUCUAUGCUGCCCAGAGAGAUCAAAUUUUGUCCUAUACAACAAAAAUGUUCUAAAAGCUAAUGAAUUUUUUAAUGUUGAUGUGUGUUAAAUUAUAACUCUGUUCUUGUGUCUUUGAAAAAAGGACCCACUUAAUAAUUAAACCAGCUACAAAAAUAUGUGACAAUAUACAUUAUUGCUUACAAUACUUAUAUUAAUGUAUUUCAACAAAAGUAACUCCUUGAUGGCUUGCAAUAUUUUGUAUCAUGGUAUAGUGUCUUUCAAAUUAAUCCUGCAAUUUCCAUCUUACACAAUAAAAUAUAUUAAGCUAUCAAAAUAUGACUAUGAUAUUGUGAUUGUGGUAUUUUUGUUCUUGUUUUGUUCGAGAAAUCAAUUUAUGCCAGUGGAAUAUGUUCCAUCAAAAUAUAGAAACCCUUAUUUGAAGCAUGUAGUUUUGCUUGUGUGUGUUUGUUUCUAAAAUACUAUAAGGUUUCCCAAAUAUCAGUCUUCUAUUCAUUUAAUAUUCUUUUCUCAGCAGUAUUGGAAUGCAGAUUCAAGAAGA